GAACACCGAGAGAUGUAAAAGAAACCCGGGGGCUCUGAGAACGCUGCUGGGCUGAAAAGUGAAGACAGAAGAUUAAAGAAAAUAAGAGGGAUCCAGAGCCACACUUUGAUGUUUCUGAUGUGAUGGGAACCUUUUCCACAUGUUAACUGAUGCAGAGAGGAGGAGGAGGAGGAAGAGGAGGAGGAGGGGAGAGAGGCUGAUGCUGUGGUGGCUCUCCUCUUUGAAACCUGCACCGCUCCCAGUUGAUGGCUCUUCUUCACGGUCUGACAUGCGCUGCAGCAGCCCAAGGAAUCGCAGGAGAGCAGAAUGGUUGACAGACCAGCUCGAUUUCGCGACGGUCCCUGGCGGCAGACAUCACGCCUCGUACAGCCCAGGGGAGGGAUGGAGCUGGGAUGGACAGGGAGGGAGACACCGGCUUACGACGUCAAAGGAGUACAGACACACACUCACACACACACACACACACGCACACACACACACAGAGAGAGAGGAGAGGACAACCAAGCAGACUGCCAAUUCCCUACGGUCUACUGAAGGAAGCCUAAAUAUCCAUCUAUCACAACACUCUUCAUUCAGCAAAGCCAGUGAGAGAUUUGUUUAUUUUUUUAUUUAACUGUAUCUGAAGAAGAAAAAAAAAUACGGAGCAUCUCUCAGGAAAGAGAAGAAGGGGGAAAAAACAAGCAGAUCAAGAAAAACACGCUCAUGCCGAAUAAAGGACCGUCGCUGGAUGUUACUUGUGUUGUUAUAGGGGGGGUGCAGGCCUAACUUGUUACAGGAUUCAAAGACGCUCUUACAGACAAAUGAACUGAAUAACUGAGAUUUGAUAACUAAAUAAUAGCGGGCGGGAAAGAAGAAAGGCAUCCGCUGAUUACGCCGAUUCUUUGCCACGAACAAGCACCACAGACUUCUCAAUGAAGGAGCCUGACGCAAUCAAGCUCUUCAUCGGGCAGAUACCCCGAAACCUGGAGGAGAAGGACCUGAAGCCCAUCUUUGAGCAGUUUGGCAAGAUCUAUGAGUUGACGGUGAUAAAGGACAAGUACACAGGGAUGCACAAAGGAUGUGCCUUCCUGACAUAUUGUGCACGUGAGUCCGCCCUCAAAGCCCAGAAUGCACUGCAUGAGCAGAAGACACUACCAGGGAUGAACCGCCCGAUCCAGGUGAAGCCGGCAGACAGCGAGAGCAGAGGGGAAGACAGGAAGCUAUUUGUGGGUAUGCUGGGAAAACAGCAGACGGACACCGAUGUGAGAAAGAUGUUCGAGCCUUUCGGCAGCAUAGAGGAGUGCACGGUGCUCCGCGGGCCUGAUGGCACCAGCAAAGGGUGUGCAUUUGUAAAGUUCCAGAGCAACGCAGAGGCCCAGGCCGCCAUCAACGCUCUGCAUGGGAGCCGUACUUUACCGGGCGCCUCGUCCAGUCUGGUAGUGAAGUUUGCUGAUUCGGAGAAGGAGCGAGGGCUCCGGCGGAUGCAGCAGGUGGCCUCUCAGCUGGGAGUCAUCAGUCCCAUGACCCUGCACCUCGGGGCUUACAACGCCUACACACAGGCCCUGAUGCAGCAGCAGGCCCUGGUGGCGCAGUCGGCCUACCUCUCUCCUGUUGCCACGGUGGCGGCGGUUCAGAUGCAGCAGCUCGCCGCACUCAACCCCAGCAGCAUCAUUGCCACGCCGAUCGCAUCCAUCACCCCCUCCUCAGGUACCAGCACUCCGCCCUCCAUCGCAGCCACACCUGUCCCUGCUCUCCCUCCGCCAAUCGCAGUGAACAGCUAUCCCUCUGUGCCAGCUCCACCCAACGGCCAAUCAGCAACUGAGGCCCUGUACACCAAUGGGGCUCAUGCCUAUCAAGCUCAGAGUCCUGUCCUGGAUCCCCUGCAGCAAGCUUAUACAGGCAUGCAGCACUACACAGCCACCUACCCUGCUGCCUACGGCCUGGUGGGACAGCCAUUCCCCCACCAGCCCACACUGGUGGCUCAGCAGCCGCAGCAGCCGCAGCAGCUGCAGCAACGAGAAGGACCUGAGGGCUGUAACAUCUUCAUCUACCACCUGCCACAGGAGUUCACCGACUCUGAGAUACUGCAGAUGUUCCUGCCCUUCGGAAACGUCAUCUCUGCCAAGGUCUUUGUCGACCGCGCCACCAACCAGAGCAAAUGCUUCGGUUUUGUGAGUUUUGACAACCCAUCCAGCGCCCAGACUGCCAUCCAGGCCAUGAAUGGCUUCCAAAUCGGCAUGAAGAGACUGAAGGUGCAGCUGAAGAGGCCCAAGGAUGCCAACAGACCAUACUGAAGGAGGAAAAAACCUAAGAGUUCAAUCAAGAAAACCACUUGGGAUGUCCCCAGCCUUUUUUGGUUGUUUGACCAACCGCAUAGCACAGGAGCAACACUUCACAAAAAGCAGCAAUCACAUGUAUGCGCUUAACUUAACAGCAGCAACAGCAGUAAUAUCAACAACAAAUACAUCAACAGAAUCAGCACCUGCAAUAUCAGAAGUGCUCCAGAGUUCCUAUCAUUCCACAGCUGGAUUCAUUUAUAUUAUGUACAUAUUCUAUUGUCGGCAACAAGAUCUACAUGUUAAGAAAAAGCAUAUCACUGAUGUUAUUCUACUGAACAGGGUUCUACUGUAUAGUGUGAUUUGUGGUCUAUGGCGUUAACAGAAGGCCAGUCUACACAGGUGGAGGGAAAAGAAAAUAUUCUGUAUGAUUACCAUUGGUAAUAUUGUUAUGUAGAGUUAGUUUUAUUAUUUAUACGUAAAUUAAAAAACAUGGGGUAAUUAAACUGGAAGAGAAAUGGAUUUCCUCUCACUGUACAUACCUUGGUUUUAAAAAUGGAGUUAAAAGGACUACAAAACUUCACGAGUUAAAGAUUCUCUGCUGCCACUACUUUUCAAAUUAACAAAGCGGAAGGAAGGGCUGGGAAUUUUUCUAUCUUGAUUUUUUACGUUUAAUUUAUUUGGUAAUCAAUUUGAUGACGGGGAGAGAUGUGACAAUUCCUUUUUUAAUUUAAGAAAAGAAAAAAAGAGGAUUCCUGUGGUCUCCAAGACAAUGAACACACUUAUUAUAGAGUUUUUAAUUACAUAAAUGUACCUAUGGAAGUAAAAAAAAAAAAACAACAACAUAAUGUUUCUUUAUUUAUUCUCUACAAUCGCUGUUUUAAAACAUAUGUCUUUAAAAGAAAAUAAAGUACAAUUUAGAAAAAAAAAACGUGUGAACUGUCUGCUUAUCGUCAUUUGAUUUACCCAUAAAUUACAGGGGUUUAUUUUGUUUCACUUGUUUAAACAGGCAACACACAAGAUAAAGGUUGUCUCAGUGUUUGACCAUAAAUGAGCAAUUCAGGAGGGUUUGCUGCUCUCUGUAGGCCUAAAGAAGUACUGAGGGAAGUAGAAAACAUCUGGACUUCUCUUAAGAAAGAUACAACAGAGCAAACUCAGCAUGCUAGUGAUUAUAUAAGAUUAUAAAAUAAGAAAUCUCUAGAUGAAAAUGUAUAAAAGGAUUUUUCUUCUGGGUUGCUUGAAUGCAGCAACAAGGGAGCUGAAGUCUCUCUUAACUAUAAUUGGACAUGAGUCUGUAGAGUUCUGUGGUAAAGUCACUCAGCGAGUUCCCAGCAUGAGUUAUUGAUGACACUGCAUGCCUGAAUAUACAGCUCAGAUAUGCAGAUGAUGCAAAAGGCUGAGGUGUCCAUAACCACAGCUGGGGUGUGCAGAGUUUGUCUGACUGCCACAGCAUUCUGGGCUUGCUCUGAUGCGUCCAAACACGCCUUGGCCUUCUUUGGCAUGCUUAGUGUAUGAGGGGCAAUUAAUGUCACAUAGCAGUAAUGGGAUGAGGGAAAGGGUUUGUAUCCUGUUGCAAUCUGAGGAAGACAACAUCAAUGAAGACUUAAUAAAUAUACAACUAACUAACUAAUUAUGGAAAAUAUUAGCCAAUGCAUGACCAUGUCUGGGGUUGGAAAACAUGCAGUAAGUAAGAGUACAAAUAAUACUUUUGAAACAAUUCAACCAAAGGUACUUUAGAUUAGAAAUGACAUAAAUAAUAUGUGUGCAUAAAAAAAGGGGUCAUCAGACCAUAUUUUUGCACCAUUGUGAAAAUAGCAACACAUAGUAGGUCACCCCUGUUGACAACUCUGUGUUAAAACAGAAUGCAAAGUAAAUUUUAGAAAAGGAAAAGAUGCAACUGCAUGAGUAGAAAACGUUUCAACGAGAGCAUAAAAUUAUUGCUUAUCCCAGGUUUUAUGAAUCUGCUUCAUAAACAUACAGAGACGAGUGAAAAAGCUUACAGCUAAUGUCUGUAUAGUCUGUAUGUGGGCUAUUUGGGGUGAAUCGAUACAGGCUGCAUAAAAGGUCCAGUGGUCAAAUUUGCGUGAAUGGAGCAAGGUAAAAAUUUGCUUUUAUCUGCAGACACCUUAACACUUCAGGAUGGUUUACUAUGAAGUAGUACUGUUGCAUACUAUCACAAAGAUGUUCAGAUGAGCAAUGAUUAAAAAAUAAUAACUGGUGAAGCAGACUAAAGACAGUUUUGACUUAGUUAAUUUCCCACCUAAAGAUAAAUUCACCCAAGCACAAGAUGCACACUUAUUUGGACUUAGCAUUAGCAUUUAUUUGGACUUCUGGAAAUGGGCAUAAUGGACAGCAAAACCAGGAUAAUGAGGCCUGUGGCGUCAGCAUCACUGUGUCAAUGAAUGAAGAGGCCAAUUUUGCUUAGUAAAUCUCUGAGUUAAAAGGCUUAUCAGACGUCAAGACACUGCAGCACAGUUUAUAACAUGAGACAGGAUUUUACAACUCUAGAAACUAGCUAUCACAGUGACAGUCCUUUAAUCCUACAUCAUGAUGAUCAUGAGUUAAACCGUAGAAAUAUGCUGUUCAUGUUAUUAAGUAAUCAGUCAGAAAUGUCCACCUGCACUUAUUUGAUUGACCAAUGCAGUGUGUACCUGGAUGAAGAAGUUGUGACAGGUUAAACUUUUUGCCAACUGACCCUGCAUAUUUUACUGGAGCCCUUCGUGUCAUACCCACUUUGUCAACACAGUGGUUUCUUUGAAGUUAAUGAGGAGGCUCUGUUUUUUUAUGCAGAGCUUAUGUCAACGUGAACACGACCUCACCAAGGCCUACAGAAGGCAGCAGAACAACAGCUAAAACUGUCAAGGUUAACAACCAGUACACCAGUAAGAAAUAGCAAAACAAAAAUAACACAAAAAAUAGUUUGUUUGUUUCAUUUGAAUUAAUCAUAUCAGUCAUAUCAUCAUUACUUGACUAGUUAUUUUCAUAGGUAAAGGAUAAGAAGUUGGAGUUGCAACUUGAAUCGUGAUAUACAAGCAAGAAGCUCAUACAUACCAGCUCCAAGUCUCAUUUGUUUGUUAAACGUUGUAGCUGAUGUGUCAACACAACUUAGCCACAAAAUUAAAUGCAAGUUUAUUUUAGCCCGCAGCAAUUGCACCUGCUAAACUGUUGGUGCCACACCUGUUUUUCAGCCAACUCUUGACUCCUCCAGUCAGUAUACCCUCUGAGGAAAUCAUCAUACACCAGCAGAAGCAGACAUCAUACUGUUAAAGUCUUUCUGCUAUAAAACAGAGCACGUACUGUACCUGUCAUACAUUAACACCUGGAAACACUGUUCUGCAUUGAACUUGUAUAUUCUUAGCUUUUGGUUGCUUGUAAUGUUGCGAGUUUAGGAAUUCAGCCUCAUCUACUCUCUUGGCCAUCGGUUUAUUUUAGGCACAAUACCUAUUUUGUGUUUAAAGGUGCAGUGUGUAGAAUUUAGUGGCAUCUAG